GCCCAGAUACACUCAAAUUUAUCAAAAUAUGGAGUCUACAACUGCAGACAGCAGGACGCGGUGCCGGUUUUGUUCCGCUACAUUCAGUCAUCGCUCCUCACUUAUACGUCACCUCCGAAGGAAUUGUAAUCAACCACGGCCCCAUAGCAUACGGCGCAAGUCCUGUAGCAGGUGUGUUGCAGACAAGGCGCGGUGUAAUCUUAAGCGCCCUAGCUGCUCGCGAUGCUCUACACGGCAGAUCAUUUGCCAGUAUCCGGCCUCGUCUCCAGAUUCAUCCGAUCCUCCACCAGAGAGUACUUCAGCACUACAGACUGCCGAUCCGUCUAGCAUGAUUGAGGCCCUGCUGGCUGAUCCUACGUCUUGGGACAUGCUUGACACCGAGGCCUUCCUGUCCCUACCUUCCGACUCGGCUUUGGUUCCCACUGACAGUGCCGGAGUAUAUCCACCAGAGUUGAUGAAUGAGAUCUCCAGCUCGCUACCAUUACCCAAGUCUACUGCAGAAUCACCCGCAGUAGCACUAGCAAACCACAGCAUGGAGUUCAUUUUCCGCAUUCUUCGAUCGUGGCCUCGAAUGCUUGCUGAGGGCUUCCAGACGCCCCCAUUCAUCCACCACAGCCACGUCGCAGAUACUAAAUCUCUGCCCCAACCCCUCGCCAAGUGCUUCACACUCGUAAGGACAUGGCAAGGACAAUGCAAAGGCGCCGAAGACAUGGUCCACCAGCUGGUCAUGACCGAAGUGAACGGCCUCCUAACCAAGCUCGACGACCUCGACGAACCCUCCCUCCUCACAACCCUCCAAGCAGUCCUAAUCUACCUGAUCAUCCUCCUCUUCCCCAGCUCAACCUCCCAGCCAACCCUCCCCCCAGCCCCUCUCCUCCGCAAAGUGCAAGACCUAGGCACCCACGCCGCCAACACAGGCCUCUUCCUCCAAGAAGAAAGAGAAGCAAUGCGCCCCUCCUGGUCCACCUGGAUCCACGUAACCUCCAAGCGCCGCGCCGUUCUCUCGCUCUACCUCCUCCGCUGGGCACUAUCCGUAUUCCACAACUCGCCGCUGCUAGACUGCCGCGAGGUCGGGUUCAUGCCUGCGCCCGCGGCAAAGACUCUAUGGCAAGCCCAGUCCGAGCUGGAGUGGAAUUCCUUGUAUAUUCGCUGGCUUGCCAGGUGGGACGGGCAUGGGUAUCUCCAGGGAGAAUUUGAUCGGAUUCGCCCGGGGAUUCGCAUGGAGGAUAGAGCGGAGAAGUGGCUGGAGGAGGCGGAUGAGUUUGGGCUGAUUAUGAUGUCUAUCGGCAAUAAUCUAACAAUGGCCCUCCAAAUCCCCACCAAGCCCCAGACCCCUCGCACUAGGGUCCACAAGGAGAAGGCGCAAUUUAGCACAAUUGCAGUUCGAGUCCGAUGUCUUGUCCUUGACCAGCAUGAUACAGCCGAUGAAUUCGUUUCGUUCGGCGACCCAGCACCGUUCGGAUUUGGGGUCGUGCGUGGCCAUGAAUCCAGCUGUGAUUUCUUCGGCGAUUGGUGCGGCGAGACGUUUGUCGAAGUUGUGUUCUUUGCUGUAGACGUUUCCCUGGUGUUGGAUGAUUUUUGUCAUGUCGGUGGGCGAGAUGGUAUGCCGGAGGGUAUAUGGUGUGGCCAUUUUUCAGAGUUGCAGAUUGUAGAUUAG